UGCCUGUAGAAGUACAUAAUGAAAAUGAAAACACUCAAGAAAAUACAUAUAAUAAUGAACAAGAAAGUCAAAGCGAAAAUACUCAAGAAGCAAAUGAAAUAAAUAUGGAUGAAAAUAAUUAUACGGAGACUAGAAAUGAACGUGAGGGAGAGUCUGAAGGUAAUGAAAAUAGAAAUGAGUCUGAUAGAAGAGAUGAUGAAAAUAUGGAUGAGGCAGAAGAUGAUGAGUACUAUAAUGAAGAAGACGAAGAUAAUACUGUCACCAUCACCAAUAACAACAGACAACUUAUUAGAAAACGAAAGGUUCAAAAAUUUAUAUUAGAAAUAACAAAUUGUGUGGAAGAUAUGGAGGAAACAGAAGAUGAUAUUGAUAAAAAUGAGCCGAAUACAGAAGAAGGAUCCA